AUGCCGCUUUUACGGUCCUUCGACGCCGACGCUCUAACUCUAUUUCGAUUGUUACCUUGGAAUUAUCAUCAUGGCGGCCCACCACGGUUCCCCACCGUGCGGGUGGACAGGAGCCCUCAAUCGACGGAGCAACGUGGAGCCUACCAGCGUUCUCUAGCUGAGGCACCAUUCAUCGUGGAUUUCAUGUCGACCGUUCCACCCUUUGCUGAAACCCGCAGAACCCAUACGAAUCUUGCUCGGCGACACAGCAUCCCACACAUCGAUUUAUCAGGGGGUGGCAAAACCUAG